AUGUCAUUCCCUGGUAAAAUGAUAGCUGAUUCUCCUGAUAUUCCAAUAAUCACUGGUCCGACGUUUAUACUUGAUGGUAACUCUGUAACGUUAACAUGUACAUCAACCGGUGGCAAUCCUGCACCCACAGUAUAUUGGUACCGUGUAAAUAAGUUGUUAGAUACAACAUUCAACACUACAAAUGGAGUUACAACAAACACAUAUAACUUUGUUGCCAACGGAAGUCAUCAUAUUGCUGUAUUUGAAUGUCGGGUUAAUAGUUCAGAAUUAGAGAGCUAUCUGAGCGCAACAUGGUACUUCCAAGUUUACAUCGAACCAAGUCAACCGACGUUGACUGGACCUCAAACUCUUUUGACUGGUAAUACCUAUCAGUGGACGUGUAUAAGCACAGGAGGAAAUCCUUCGCCAACAAUGACUCUGAGGAUAGGUAACAGUCAGUUCAGUACUGGCAUCACACAAUCAUCAGUACUGCAGUCUGACAGUACCCAUACUGUUACCGUAUCACUAUCAUGGAAUCCAAGUAUAAGUAACAAUGGACAGACACUUUUCUGUGAUGUACAACAUUCAGAGACACGUGGUAAUAACCUCCAGACAGCCAGUCUUCAGUUAACAGUUAAUGACCCGUUAUCUGUGAAUGCGCCUCAGACACAGUAUCAACAGAAUGUGGGUACCUUAGUUGUAAUGAACUGUGUAAUUACUGGAACCGCGACAUCUAUCUCUUGGUACUUUAACAACCAAGUCAUUAAUAUUGCUUCUUCUUCGAAAUAUUCCAACGGCAAUACCAUCAACCCUUCAUUGACUGUAUCAAACGUGGCUUUGUCUGAUGCGGGACAAUAUUACUGUCAGGCAACCAAUGGAUUAGUCACAGCCAACUCCAAUACCAUAACAUUAACAGUUCUAGAUAUACCAAGCGUUAAUUUACAACAAUCGAUAUAUAAUGUCAACUAUGGUAGUUCUGUUGUCCUUGUAUGUUCCGUCACAGCGAAUCCAGUUCAUACAACAGUUUACUGGCGAAAGAUAAAGAAUGGCGUUACCACAGAUAUAAAUGUAGUUAACAGUAACAACAAGUAUAGUGGUUCCUCAGUCAGUAGCCCGUCUCUACAGAUAAAUAACGUUGAUCUAAACGAUGAAGCAUAUUAUGUUUGCUUUGCUACCAAUAGUGUUGGUUCCGGACAAAGUUCGCAAACGUUCCUAGAUGUGAUUGGAGGCUUCCUAAAUAUCACCAUUCCACAAUCAUCCUACAGUGUUUUGAUUGGUCAACAGGUAACCAUAUCGUGUACUGUUACCGGAACUCCGACUCAGACUAACGUGUUCUGGAGUAAGGUGGUCAAUGGUGUUCUAACAAACGUAGGUAUAAAUGGUAACGGUAGAUAUUCUGGAGGUACCACCUCAGCUCCAUCAUUGACAAUAACCAACACUCAGAGAUCAGAUGAGGGAACAUACGUGUGCUAUGCUACAAACAUUGUUGGUACAUCAAACAGUCAAAAUACAUUCUUAGACGUUACAGGAGGUGUUCCAAUAGUACAAGUUAGCUUUCUUAGGUACCAAAUUAAUUUUGGCGGUUCGAUAACUCUUGGAUGUUCAGUCGUUUCAAAUCCCGCCCACUUCCAAGUUUACUGGCGGAAGACUAUCGGUGGAACAACAUCAAAUGUCGACGUCACCAAUAGUGGCGGGAAAUAUUCUGGUUCCACGCUACUCAUUCCAACUCUAACUAUCAACAAUGCUGCAUUAAGUGAUGAAGCGAACUACACAUGUUAUGCCACAAACAUUGUAGGAACUGGACAGAGUGCAACUACCUUAUUAGAUGUUGUCGGUAAUCUACCAACUGUUUCUAUACAACAAUCGAUAUACAAUGUCAACUAUGGUAGUUCUGUUGUCCUUGUAUGUUCCGUCACAGCAAAUCCAGCUCAUACAACAGUUUACUGGCGAAAGAUAAAGAAUGGCAUUACCACAGAUAUAACUGUAGCUAACAGUAACAACAAGUAUAGUGGUUCCUCAGUCAGUAGCCCAUCUUUACAAAUUAAUAAUGCUGAUCUCACCGAUGAAGGGCAUUAUGCUUGCUUUGCUACCAAUGUUAUUGGUACAGCACAAAGUGCACAGGCAUUCCUGGAUGUCACUGGAGGCUUACUAACAAUAACCAUUCCACAAUCAUCCUACAGUGUUUUGAUUGGUCAACAGGUAACCAUAUCGUGUACUGUUACCGGAACUCCUACUCAGAAUAACGUGUUCUGGAGAAAGGUGGCCAAUGGUGUUCAAAUUGACUUAGAUAUUAAUGAAAACAGUAGAUAUUCUGGAGGUACCAGCCCAACUCCAUCGUUGACAAUAACCAACACUCAGAGAUCAGAUGAGGGAAUAUACGUGUGCUAUGCUACAAACAUUGUUGGUACAUCAAACAGUCAAAAUACGUUCCUAGACGUUACAGGAGGUGUUCCAAUAGUACAAGUUAGCUUUCUUAGGUACCAAAUUAAUUUUGGCGGUUCGAUAACUCUUGGAUGUUCAGUCGUUUCAAAUCCCGCCAAUUUCCAAGUUUACUGGCGGAAGACUAUAGGUGGAACAACAUCAAAUAUCGACGUCACUAAUAGUGGCGGGAAAUAUUCUGGUUCCACGCUACUCAUUCCAACUCUAACUAUCAACGAUGCUGCAUUAAGUGAUGAAGCGAACUACACCUGUUAUGCCACAAACAUUGUAGGAACUGGACAGAGUGCAACUACCUUAUUAGAUGUUGUCGGUAAUCAACCAACUGUUUCUAUACAACAACCGAUAUACAAUGUCAACUAUGGUAGUUCUGUUGUCCUUGUAUGUACCGUCACAGCAAAUCCAGCUCAUACAACAGUUUACUGGCGAAAGAUAAAGAAUGGCAUUACCACAGAUAUAACUGUAGCUAACAGUAACAACAAGUAUAGUGGUUCCUCAGUCAGUAGCCCAUCUUUACAAAUUAAUAAUGCUGAUCUCAACGAUGAAGGGCAUUAUGCUUGCUUUGCUACCAAUAUUAUUGGUACAUCACAAAGUACACAGGCAUUCCUGGAUGUCACUGGAGACUUACUUAAUGUUAGCAUUCCACAGUCAUCCUACAGUGUUUUGAUUGGUCAACAGGUAACCAUACUUUGUAUUGUUACCGGAACUCCUACUCAGACUAACGUGUUCUGGAGAAAAGUGGCCGAUGGUGUUCAAACUAACGUAGAUAUAAAUGGCAACAGUAGAUAUACUGGAGGUACCACCUCAAGUCCAUUAUUGACAAUAACAAACACACAGAGAUCAGAUGAGGGAAUAUACGUGUGCCAUGCUACAAACCUUGUUGGUACAUCCAACAGUCAAAAUACGUUCUUAGACGUUGCUGGGGGUAUGUAA